AUGUCCUCUGCCCUGCUCCCGGGCCCGCCUCCCACGGACAUCAUCAAUCUCGCCAUCGCUGAGCUUUCUCUAUACAUAGUCCUAUUCAGUCCGGCUGUGUGGAUCACUUGGAAGCAUGGAAAGGCGGGCAUGACCUGCUGGCCGAUGCUUGUGUCCUUCAUGGCCAUGCGUUUCGCCUCCGACAUAAGCCAGAUCAUAAACAAGCAUGAACCUCAGGUGACCAACCAAACUCUGAUUAUAACGGAAGCCGGCACACUCGCGUGUCUCUCAUUGACAAUCAUAGGGCUGGUGUAUGAAGCGAAUACCAUCCUGCCCGUCUCAGGCAAAGGUUGGACCCAGAAAAUUCUUCUUGCCUUCACGCACCUUACCAACACGACGGGCAUCGCGAUGUGCACCUAUGCCGGAUCACCAUCCCCAACCGGGGGUGUGUUCAGCGCGCCAUUGAAUAAGGUCGGAAACUUGAUGAUGGUAUUUGUCAUGCUCGUCGUGGGUGUAUGGAUAUGGCCUACCUGGAAGCGAACCAAAGUCUUCCCAAGACAUCUCAACGCCCGCAACGCUCGUUACCUUCUAUUUACCGCAGCCGCCGCCCUACCUUUCCAGAUGGUACGCCUCGUCUACAACACCACCUAUGCUUUCGACCACGUCACAAGCCUCGACCCCGUCAUGGGAACCUUCGCCACCCAGUUUGUUCUCAUGUUUCUCAUGCAUCUGAGCGUUGUGCUCACGUCCCUCGCGGGCGGCUGGUUGAGCCGGCGUGUUGCAGCAAUGAUCAGCGGAUCCGCCUAG